AUGUCUAACGGUGCCGGCACCAUCGCCGAGGUGGAGCUUACUUCCCACGGCAAACCGAAACUCGACAGCACAACGACGGAAUCGACAGCCGAUGGGCACAAUGGGUUGUCGCCAAAUAUACUCGGCCUAAAGUCUGAUGGUUUUGUGCCGGAAGCGAUUCGAGCACUAACUCCAAGUCCGGUUCUGAGCGGUCGAUUGUCACCGCUCCCGCAUGCCGGCAUGUACAAUGGUCCCGGCGGCCAACCCGAGUUCACACAACCACCAUCACUCAUUCAAACAUUCUGGCAUAAUAAUCUGCCUUCCAUAUGCGUUGCUUUGGCUCAGUUGUUUGGCGCCCUUAUGAACCUCAGCGCCAGGUUUAUGGAGCUGGAAGGCGACGGCAUGCACCCGGUCCAGCUCUUGUUUUACAGACAAGGUCUGAGUGCUGUUGGUUGCUCAAUCUAUAUGUGGAGGGCCGGCUUUGCUGACUUCCCCGUUCCACACAAGGGAAUUCGCUUGUUACUAUUCGUCCGCGCAUUCUCGGGCUUCUUUGGAAUAUUUGGCAUGUGGUACUCAAUGAUGUAUCUGCCCCUCGCCGACGCCACAGUCAUCACAUUCCUGGCCCCAGGCGUUGCCGGCAUAAUAUGCUACUUCGCACUCCGCGAACCAUUUACUAGGAUGGAGCAGCUCGCUACGCUGAUUGCCUUCUUUGGCGUCGUUCUCAUUGCGCAGCCUGUCACCUUGUUUGUCGACUCUGGCAAACCCCCCGGCGAGGAGACACCCGAGACCGGGGCUCUUCCGGGCAUGGACCAUGAAGCCACCGCAAAGGAGCGCCUCAUUGCUGUCGCUAUUGCGCUCCUGGGUGUUUUUGGCGCGGCCGGGGCUUUUACAACUCUCCGAGCUAUUGGCAAGAAGACUCAUCCGCUCAUCUCCGUCAACGCCUUUGCAGUCAUCAGCACUCUUAUGUGUACAAUCAUACUAUGCACAGCGCCAGCGCUGAACAUUUCACAGCCUACGUUGCAGUGGCAGUUCUCAUACACGAUCAAACAAGUCUUCCUCAUCAUCUUGGUCAGCAUGUUUGGUCUUUGUAUGCAAUUCCUGCUCACUGCAGGUCUUAGCAGGGAUAAGUCGAACAGAGCCAACUCUAUGAUAUACACUCACAUGUUGUUUGCCGCGAGCUUUGACUGGUGGAUAUUUGGUCACAGGAAGGGAUUCAUCAGCUUCCUGGGAUGCACAUUGAUUCUAGGCAGCGCCAUCGGAGUCAUGUUUUUGAAGAAGGCACCCAAAACCAUUGCAAAGGUGGAGGACAGUGAGGCGCAACAUAACUUACUGGAUGAGACUCGGGACGCACCCAUGCUCAUGGAGGGCGGCGGCGCUGGGGCAAAUACGGAACUAAAUAUUUACCGGGUAGCCAGAGCCAUCACAUCACGUGAUGCCAUUAGUUUCCACAGCCGUCGCGAGAAGCUUCAACCACCUAGCAGCUGCAAGGCGGAUCGCAAACAUUUCCAGGCUUUGCAAACGUCCAUUGGCAUCACUAUCACGCCCUUUCUUGCGGUUCAACGUCGAAUUGUACCGGAACUCACGCCUGUACCGCGAAUUCACCAUUUUCCCAACGUCUCCAGCCUUCGUCAGGCCGCCGCCAACAUGGUGCAGAUCAGCGAAGUUAAGGGCAAUAAGCGCGACAACCGCACGGCGGCGCAUACACACAUCAAGGGCCUUGGUCUGAAGUCAACCGGACAUGCGGAGAAAUAUGCCAGUGGGUUUAUUGGCCAAACACAGGCCCGAGAGUCCUGCGGUGUCGUUGUCGAUCUAAUUCGAGCUCAUAAGAUGGCUGGACGUGGCGUUCUCCUCGCCGGUGGUCCCGGAACCGGAAAGACGGCGCUGGCGCUCGCCAUCAGCCAAGAACUGGGUACCAAGAUCCCGUUCUGCCCCAUCGUCGGAAGCGAAAUCUACUCGACCGAAGUCAAGAAGACCGAGAUGCUCAUGGAGAACUUUCGGCGAGCCAUUGGUCUCAAGGUGCGCGAGACAAAGGAAGUGUACGAAGGCGAGGUCACAGAACUCACUCCCGAGGAGGCGGAGAACCCGCUCGGUGGCUACGGCAAGACGAUUAGCACGCUGUUGAUCGGCCUGAAAAGUGCCAAAGGGCAAAAGAAGCUGCGUCUGGACCCCAGCAUCUACGAAGCCAUCCAAAAAGAGCGUGUCACCGUCGGCGACGUCAUCUACAUUGAAGCCAACACCGGUGCCUGCAAGCGCGUAGGCCGAUCCGAUGCGUAUGCGACCGAAUUCGAUCUGGAGGCCGAGGAAUACGUCCCCCUUCCCAAGGGCGAAGUGCACAAGAAGAAGGAGAUUGUCCAGGAUGUCACGCUGCACGAUCUCGACAUCGCCAACGCCAGACCGCAAGGCGGACAGGACAUCAUGAGCAUGAUGGGGCAGUUGAUGAAGCCCAAGAUGACGGAGAUCACCGAGAAGCUACGCGGGGAGAUUAACAAGGUGGUCAGCAAAUACAUUGAUCAGGGUGUUGCUGAGCUCGUGCCCGGAGUUUUGUUUAUCGAUGAGCCUUAUGUGUUACCUCGCUCCUCCUGGGUCCACUUUCAAAACAUUUUCCCCAUGGUCAAGAUGAGAAAGACGACAAAGAGGAACGGGGCGCAUAUGCUCGACGUGGAAUGCUUCACCUAUCUGAACCGGGCCCUGGAAUCGCCCAUUGCGCCGAUUGUGGUUCUGGCAUCGAACCGUGGAAUGUGCAAGAUCCGAGGCACCGAUGACAUUGUUGCCGCGCACGGCAUUCCUAGCGACUUCCUGGCCCGCUUGCUAAUUAUCCCGACGGCACCCUACGAGGCUGAUGAGAUUAAGCGUAUCGUGAAACUACGCGCAACGACCGAAGCUGUACUUAUUACCGAUGCAGCCAUCGACAAGAUCGCGGAGCAUGGCACUGGAUCCGAGACAUUGUCGCUAACCCAAGCACGCAACUACAGCAUUCUUGCAAAGGCCAACGGUCGCACGCAAAUUGACGUGCAAGAUGUGGCCGAGUGCGAAGACCUGUUCUUGGAUGCUCGCCGUAGUGCCAAGCUGCUUAGCAGCGAAGCAGGACGUGGGUAUCUGUCUUGA